GAGUCCGCCGGUAAGUAUCAGUCUUCUAGCUUCUUCCAGAGAGUGAGGAGCUUGCUUGCUUGGCUUCUGGUCAGCGUCCGCACAACAUUUGAAUUUCUUCAGUGCUUAUUUAUAAACAAAAGGAAUGAUGAAGCACCAAUACGGCCGAGUGCCCCUGUACAUGCUGCAGCCGAAGACCCUCGUCAACUUCGCCGCGCAGACCCUUGAGUUCGCCUCCCACACCCUCGGCUACCGAGACCCCUGCAGCGGCGCCGACACCCACGGCGACCGCGCGAAGGACGCUCAGACGGGGCUGGCCAUUUACUCCCUAAACGAAGUGGCAGAGCACGAAACCUUCGACGACUGCUGGAUCAUCUUGUACGAUAAGGUCUUCGACGUGACGAGGUUCCUCUUGGAGCAUCCGGGUGGAGAGGACGUCGUCAUGGAACACGCCGGCCGGGAUGCCACGAUCGCGUUCCGCGGGGUGGGGCACUCAGUCCCUGCCCUGCAGAUGCUGGACGAGUACCUCGUGGGUAUCCUGCCCGUCAGUGAGCGCAUCUACACCGGCGACGGCCCCUGUCAGUGGAACACGCUAUAGCCUGGUCCGACGCCAAACUCCCCUGGGGAUACCUGUGCCCGCACAGACCUGCUCUAGUCUAGAUCAUGUCCCAAUGACAACACGGAGUACCGCGGAUCUCUCCGCCUCGCUUCACGCUCUUCACGUCGCGUCGCGCUAGCAUUAGUUACAUCCCCUAGCACCGCCUCGCCUGAGCUACGCACUCUCGCAUCGCAUUGUAGUCUUCACCUGAGCAAGUUGCCAUUGCGUCAGCUCGCUUAGUGAUGGUCACUGUAAAUCACUCAUAAGUUUUCCCAUUCAUGAAUAUGUCAUUCUUUGAUACUAUAUAUUUUUCAUCAAUUACUCAUGUCAUAAGUAACCAUACAUUCCCAUGAUCCUGCACGUAUUUCGUUAUUAUUUAAGACAUACCAUCGACCUGUAAUCCGACCUGAUCACCUGUCGCGUCGAGAACCAUAAGGCCGGAAUAUGCUGUUCUGAUCAUGUACCUGAAUACUCAGUCUGGAACUCCGAGUUCUGGCAAAUAUUGUUAAGUAAUCAUGUAUAGAGAUCAGUGGAUCAUUUUGUAUUGAACAUUAUUUUAUUUUCAUGAAUGUCUACACUUAUUUUGUUAAUAAAAUUGCAAAGUUUAAAAA